CUUUCUUUUAUACUUCAAAUGAAAACGUAGGAACACGGAAAGGCGAAGAUAAAUUAAAAGUUUUCAAUUAUUGCGUGGAGAUUUUUAAUUUUAUUGUAGAUAAUUUAUAAGCAUAAGACGAGUUAUUUAUACCUACUUGUAAGACCUUUUCCUCUGUUUCUGCAAAGCAACGUCAUAACAAAAUGUUUAUUUGGGAUUGGUUCACUGGUGUUUUAGGAUAUUUAGGUCUGUGGAAAAAGUCUGGCAAGCUAUUAUUCCUUGGUUUGGACAAUGCCGGUAAAACAACAUUAUUGCAUAUGCUCAAAGAUGAUAAACUUGCACAGCACGUACCAACUCUGCAUCCAACGUCAGAAGAAUUAUCAAUUGGUAACAUGCGCUUCACCACAUUUGAUCUUGGAGGUCACACUCAAGCUCGGCGCGUAUGGAAAGAUUAUUUUCCAGCUGUGGACGCUAUUGUGUUUUUGAUAGACGCUUGGGACCGUGGUCGCUUCCAAGAGAGUAAAAUCGAGUUGGAUUCACUGUUAACAGAUGAAGCGCUGUCAAACUGUCCUGUGCUAAUUUUGGGUAACAAAAUCGAUAAGCCAGGAGCGGCAAGCGAAGACGAGCUUAGAAAUGUUUUCGGCCUCUACCAAUUGACAACCGGAAAGGGCAAAGUGUCCCGUUCUGAGUUGCCGGGCCGUCCCCUGGAGUUGUUCAUGUCUUCGGUCCUGAAGCGACAAGGAUAUGGAGAAGGCUUCCGUUGGUUAGCGCAGUAUAUUGAUUAAGCCCACUACCUACCCCGUAUCAAGUUAAAGUUGAAUACGUGUUUUGACAUCCUUACAAAACAAUAGUCAACAAAUCAGUCAAUAAAAGCGUAAAUUCAAGUCUAAACGAUGAUUAA